GAACAGCAUAGACGACAGAGGAACAACCGAAAGUAAUGUCCGUAAAGCUAAGUCCCCUGGUUCUGCUAAACAUAUCUGACUCGAUACAGAGAAAUCUAUCUCACGUGGGGUGUCUGAGGGGUUACAAGGCCGAUGACGGGAUCUUUAUACUCAACUCCUUCGAAGUCCCAGUAUCAAAGGAUGGCUCAUUAGAUGUAGAGCUACUCACGCUGAGAAACUCGCUGCUGUCACAGAUCUACCCUGAAGAAGGUGGCAUCAUUGGCUGUUACAGGGUAUCUGAUGAUUUGAGAUUCGAGCCUGUGGAUGGGUUGGAGGGUGAGUUUACACUGGUGUUCAGUGCAGAUUUGGCGGUGAACAAGGACGGCAAGUACUUCAAAGUGUUCGAUUGUAAUGGACAGGAGCUGAGGUGUGAGAUAGUACAUUCUGGAGAUGAAGCCGUAAACACCGUCUUAUCCCUGAGGGACUCAAACACUGAAAUGUCACAGAGUAAAGACAUGGUUGACACACAGAGAGACGUUUUACUCAUCGUCAAACAGCGGGUCGAGACAUUAAUACAACACCUACAAUCAGAGUGCUUGGACUACGAUACCUUACGCAGGGUAAACUCGCUGUGCCAUAAGCUACAGUACACCGUUGACGACGAUUUGAAGACAUCGCUUGUACAGCUGGAGAAUGAUUACAAGAUAGUCCAAAGCACUGGUCUCAUACAUUCAAACAUCACCAGUUUAGAAAAUGCAAAGUACUCCAAAUUGACAAAGGCAGCGAACAGUAACUAUGGCACCAAUUAAUCAGAAUUAUACCUUUUUGGCUAACGUUUACCUUUCUUCUUCUUGCCCUUCUUGGCUGGAGCGGUCUUUGUAGUUGCUUGUUCCUUUGGUGUUUCCUUUACAGGCUCAACGGGUUCCUCUUCAAUCUCUGCAUUGGCAAGUACACUUGAAAACCCUCUGAGCUUUGAUGAUUUGGUCUCAUGGCUCGUCUCAACAUCACCUGAAUUGUCUACCUGUUUCUUACUUUUCUUACUGUUCUUACCAUUCUUGUCUCCAUGUGUUAUCACAACACCAUGAGGCCCAAGCGCAGUCAGCACUCUAGACAGAUCUUUAACCUUAUGCGUCUUAAGCUUGUAUAAUACCCCGGAGGUGGGAUCAAACACUUUGAAGCUUACAAAGCUCUCAGCCUUGUGCUUGGAUAUCUUAUCACUGUUGUCCUUUUUCGUGUUAGAGCCAUAUGUUAUUGAGAUCCUGGUCUGUGAAAGGUUGGCCGUUAGUAAAUGAGUC